GCGCAUGCGCAGUGCAGAGUCCCGCGUACUGUACCCGAGCUGCGGUCGUAGGUGUGUGCGCGUGCAGUGUUACAGCUUUACAACGGCUUCCGAUGGACGGGCUGUUAAAAGACUCUGUAACAAAUCGGUGGCUUUAUUUGCAGAUUUGUACACGUGAGCAGCUUGCGUGUCGACUAUGUCUCGUCUCUGGACGGUAUAUAUUGAGUUGCUCCUGAUUUCUUGCCUUGGUCGCGUUCACACGCAAAAUGAAAACCAAGUGGUGUUCACUUUGGGAAGGUUCCAGAAUGUGAGUAUUCCUGUGAACAGAAGCCUAGAAGUCAAUGUGUCCCAAAUCCCAGCUGAGGUGGCCUUCGUGGUACUGCAGUUUCACACUCAGCACCGCAAUGCCACCAUCUCAUACACAAUAGUACCAACAUAUGGUUAUUCGGUCACCACCGUUGAUUCCGGGCUGCUGUUCCCUCUUUCGCCAAAUCAGUUGACUCUCUCAUGCUUCCUGUUGACUCCUAACGGUGACUCAGUUGCUGGAAUAGGGGUUAUACUGCCCUACUCAAGCACUGACCCUGUCCCUGGGGCCUGCAAUCUGGAGUUUCCACUGGAGAACGAUCCAAACAUCUACUUGCUCUACAACUUUUACGAGACCAUUAUUCGCUUUGCUCCUGCUAACAUCGGCUACGCAAGAGGUGUUUCUCCCCUUGCAUGUGAUGUGAAAACGGAUUUGAGCAGUCGCUGGCGUUUAGAGUACGACAUCUACCAAUACUUCCUUCCCGAGAAUGACCUAUCAGAGCGGAGUCUGAUCAGUGGCAUGGAGAUGGUUGCCACGGUGCCAGGCAUUGUGGAAAAGGGUACAAAGCUGAUGACACUAUCCUCCAAUGAUAAAACUCUGGUGUCCUUCAACUCCAUCCCGGGUCAGGGUGUAAUCUACGGCAUCGUGGUGAGAGACCCCGUCUACAACAGCUCCGCCUCAUACGUGCCUGUGCACACUUAUGCCUGCAGCUUCACCUCUGUUUUAGACGGCUGCACCACACUAGGAAGAACUUCCACCAAAGUAUUUUUCACCAUUACAGGACUUGCAGGACUUCUCGUCUGUUUCUUAGGCCAUCAUUUUUUCAAAUGUGAGCUCUUCUGUUUGGGCUUUGGCUUUGGAGCGUUUUUCUUCUUUGUGCUGAUCACGAGAACCACCACAUUGGAUUAUGACAUCCGAUUGGCUCUGACCACUCUAAUAGGUGUUGUAUGGGGCGUGGGCCUGGUGAUGACGUGGUGGCGGUUUGGCUCCGUGAUGACCUGUGUUGUUGUCGCCGGCCUCACUUUCAGCUUUCUCAUCUCAUCUAUUAUCUUUUUUACGCCACUGGGUGACCUCUCUGUGUUUCAUAACGAUGCAGUUUUCUGGGUGACGUUCACCUGCAUGGUGCUGGUCGUGCCUCUGUUCUUCAUCAGAUGGCCAAGAGUGGGUAAUAUAUUGACCUGCGGUGUGGUGGGAGCAUACAUGGUAGUGCUUGCCGUGAACGCCUACACCUACACCAGCCUGUCCUACAUCACACUGGACAUCCUUAAACGCUUCCUCAACGAGGACUUCAGAAGAGCUUUCAUAUCCGUCCCUCUGCAGAUGAUCGACUUCAUCCUGAUCAGCGUGUGGGUGAUUCUGGCCGUCUCGGGCAUCACACUGCAACUGUACAGAGAACGCUCACGGCCGUUUUUUCCACCAAGCCCGUACGUUUUAUGGUGCCAGGAACGUGAGAGACGCAAGACCAACGUGUUAGACCCGAGCCACCACAUGCCGUCUCUGCCCGCCCGCCUGCUCGCCCGCUUACGCCAGCUCACUCGCCACCAAGAGCCUGCUGGGGAGCGCACACCCCUACUUCUCUGACCAGCUUGAUCGUUAGACCGACUGCCAUCAUCCACAGUGAGAGGUGACAUACAGAAGGACACAGACUCAGGGCCCACUGUAUGUGACUCGUUCAUACACCGUUCAGCUGUAGAUUAUCUGUAGCUGGAGACUACAGUAUGAUUUUUGGAGAACUUCUCUUGAAUGUAGAUGAUAUCGAUCAUAGCUGUGAAGUUAAAUGAUUAAAUCCUAGUUCUUAACCCGUUAAACGCAAGGUCCUGUACGAAGGUCUCCAGUGGUGUCGGUGAACCGAUACGAGACCUCGCAAAACGGAGUCGACCUCUCGCCGUUUUAAGUCAGACCAAAACAUUAAUGAAAGCUGAUAUACAAUAGAUGUUUAUUUCCAUUUGGAGAACAAAGACCUUCGUGUGAUGAGGGGGAGCAAUUUUUAAACUUUGUUUACAUUAAAAGUCCAAGUGUAAAAUUAUUACUUUUUUUUUUAAACCUUUUUUUUUCCUACCCAGUCUGAACAGCCCACUAUGAGAAGGUGACCGAGGGGAUCACCACUUUAUUUUAUGUACUCAGCUCAACUCAGGAAAACCUAAGCAAACAAAAGCGUGUAAACCUGAAUUUCCUUUUAGAUUUAAAAAAGAAAAAGAAAAAAAAAAAAAGACACUUCAUUGGAUACACAGCCAUCACUGAUUAUGGUCUAGACUGAUUAAAAGUUUUUACCCCUAAGCCACAUUGGCUGUUGAAUUGUUUAUUCUCACUAGACCUCCUGGAGGUGUCUUUAACCCUCAUCACAACCGAUAUCACACUUAACCUCUAGUUUCAUUUGCCAUGUUUUUAAUCUUAGACUACUUUUUUUGUUUGUUUUUUGAACAGAAAGACGUAGCAUUUUACUUGGAUGAUACCACGGUGUGUGUGUUUGGGACUCGGUUCUGCAUGCAUUAUAAACUUCAGAGCGAUGUGGAAAUUAAGAGGGUCUUUUUGUAGGAUCAGGAUUCAGGACCACUUUAUAACCACCCGCUGGACAGUAGGCACUUGUUGGAAGAGAACACUGAUUGGUCGACAUGUGCAGCGGUUUUCUGUUCCCUUUAUUCUCAUGAUGUGGGUGGUUUAUAGAUCCCUUAAGACUCGGGUACUGUUCCAGGUUUGGGGCCAUGUUACAACAUCCCAUAUUUGGUUCAGGUGCCAGUUGUCUCAGGGCUGUUGAGUAAUAACGCUGCUUGGCGAAGUGUUCCGAUGUGAGCGUGGUGUUCGUGUCCGCAGUGUUUGAUGUAGUGUCUUUAUAAAAGUUGCAAUAAGAUCUAAAAGGAUAUUUUAAAACUGCUUGCAUGUUCUAGCUGUUAUUUAUGUAUUUUUGCUAAAUGUGUGACAUUAAAUUUAUUUUGUAAUUUCUAAAGAUAAUAAAAUUGUUUUGUGUAAUAA